AUGAGGAGGUGUGUCAGCGCGUGCAGAGGAGAUACCAGAGGAGGGGAGGUGGGUCUGAGGAAGGAGUGCAGUGAGGGAAGCAGGAGGCAGGAGGAAACCAGGAGCAGCGGGAUGACCUCGUCUCUGAUGGCGACGGUGGUUCUCCUCGAUGGAUCAUUCCCGAUGAACCAGAGAAGCUUCCCUCCGUCCUUCUGGAACAGCUCCUACCAGCCGUCCUCCUCGCUGGGCAGCGCUCUCUCCUCUCCCCACUCAGAGCUCUCGUUCCCUGGGGACCCGUACGCUUCCUCCUCCUCCCUGCACAGCCACCUCCACCAGCCCAGCCCCGACUCCUGGCACCCGUCCCACCACCACCACCAUCACCAUCACCACCCUUACUCACUAGGGGGCGCUAUAGGCAGCCAGGGAUCGGCGUACCCGCGUCCGGGGGUUCACGAGAUGUACAGCACGGCGUUCGAUCCUCGGUAUGGAUCCCUGUUGGUGCCGUCGGUGAGGAAUCAUCACCGCGUGGCGUCUGGCAGCUCGGUGCCCAGCGCCUCGCCCUGCGACCUGGGGGGGAAAGGAGAGUCAGGGACGAGUUCAUGGAGCGGCGCUUUCACUGGAGCCGGAGCGGAGAUCGGACUCAACAUGGACACAGGUCUUCAGGCACAGGAUAAGAGCAAAGAUUUGUAUUGGUUUUAGAGCCUGCUGAGACUCUUCCUCCCCCCCCCUGCUUGACUUCUUUCCUUCACUCCUUUGUUGCUCUUCUGAUAUUAUGGGACAGAGAAAUUGACAAUCUUUCAGACGGCCGUUUUGUGCUGUAACUGCUUCUGGUCUACUUGCAGCUCGGUAUUACGGAGGACUUUGCAGCAGCAGCAGCAGCUAAUUGUGGAUACAAAACGAGCGUGGAAACAAAAGUGGACUCACGGAGGAACGAGAGAAACUGAUCUUGACGGAUGUGCUCAAAGACAAGACUCUUUGUGCCCCUGUAACAGGCAGGGACAACAUUCCUAAACUGGAAAAAGACUGGGGACGGACGGAGACAUGUGUUGUCAAAAAACUCCAAAGACAAGCGCCUGAAGGACUUGGCAGGACUUGCCUCACUGGGACAACUGGGCAACAGACACUGGGAGAGUUGUGGCUGGAGGAAAGGCCUUGUUGGUGUUGAGAAAGGCCGCACAGCAAGAAUUUGGCAGACUGAAAAAAAGCCCAAACACUCUGGUUUACAUGGAGUAUUGGUUCAAUGUCAGUAUUUCAUGGCACUGUAAAAGUUAAAUUAAACAGUUUUGACUGA